AGCUUGCUUGCGGUCGCGCUUCCAAGCAUUAAUUUCGAAAGCUAGAUCAUUUCCAGCUUACAGGCUUUAACAGUUCACGCCGGCACGCUGCCAACGAUGGGGUUGCUUAGUUACCUAUUUAGCUUUGGGAAGACAGAGAAAACAUGCGAUAACUGUGUCAAGUCAUUCGCACAGAUGUGGGCCACCUAUAACAACCGCGAUGACGCCGUUCCAGGCGACGAUGCUUAUCGUCCCCAUACAUCUCCUCUCCCAACGACUGUGCCUGCUGCGGAGCGGCUUGUAGCCAUCGGGGAUAUCCACGGUGACUACAAUAAAGCAGUUCGCGCCUUUCGCCUUGCUGGCCUAACCGACGAAAAGGGCAGGUGGUGUGGCGGGAGCACGGUGGCGGUGCAGGUUGGCGACAUUUUGGAUCGCGGCGACCACGAAAUCCGCAUCCUGGUCAUGUUGGAGCGGCUGGCUGGCGAGGCGGCUGCUGCGGGCGGGCGGCUGUACCUGCUCAACGGCAACCAUGAAACCAUGAACGUCAUGGGGGACCACCGAUACGCCACUCCGGGUGCCAAUCUGGAGGUGUUGGGUUUCUCCACCUGGCGGGACUUCUGCGCGCUCAUGAAGACCCGCAGCGGCUGCCAGGGGCAGGCGGACCCGCUGCAGGAGCGCCGCGACGCUGCGUUGCUCGCCUCCAGCUCCUCCCACCCCGCCGCCCACAUGGCCCGAAUGGCGCCGUACAACUGGCUGCGCACCCGCGCGCUGCAGCCGGGGGGCGAGCUGGCGCGGAGGUUCUUCGCGGCGCGACCCACCGUGCUGCAGGUGGGCGAUAACCUGUUCGCGCACGGCGGGGUGCUGCCCUCCCAUGUGGCGUACGGACUGGAGCGGAUCAACAAGGAGACACAGGCAUGGAUGCUGGGGCGUGAGGCCGACGGCACACCCGCCGCCUCCUCCUCAUCGCCUGCCGCCUCCGCCGCCGCUCUGGCCUACCGCGCGCCCGUCUUCCUGCGCGGUGGCAACGCAAUCGUGUGGGCUCGCGCCUUCUCCGCCUCGGAUGAGCGCCGCUGCGACUGCAGCACCCUGCAACGAGUGCUGGAGUCCGUCCCGGGUGCCUCCCGCAUGGUGGUGGGUCACACCAUCCAGACCCGCGGCAUCAACAGCGCAUGCGAGGCGCGCGUGAUCCGGGUGGAUGUGGGCAUGUCGCAUGGCUGCGGGGACGGUCCGGUGGAGGUGCUGGAGGUGCUGAGGGACGGGCAGGUACGUCGGUUGCGGGAGCACGGCCCGGCGGUACCGGUGGGUCCUCUGCCGCCUCGCCACCCGCACCCUGCCCACCACAUGCCGCAACACCAGCAGCAUGGACACCAGGGAGGGGCCGGCAAGGAGGCGGCAGCGGCUGGGGGGCAGCGGCCGGUGGCAAUGGGGGCGGGGGCGGCGUCCACGGCAGCAUGAGGCAGACGGAGGGAAUGGUGUUGAAACAAUAGGGCCGAGGUGUCAAAACACGUACUGAACGUGAUUUGAGGGAAACUGGAAGAGUGAUGGCGUCGUCCAACGGAAGAUGUGAGGGUGGGGAAGAGUGCGUAGGUGGGCAGGGAGGCAUGGGUGAGGUUGGAGGAGAGGGAGCAGUGGGGUUGAGAGAGUGCGUGGCUGAGGGGGGGGGGUUAUGGCCUGUAGAGUGGAUCGUAGGUAGGGUGGUGGAGAUGGGCGAGGAGGUACGGUAUGUGGUAACGAAAAAACGAAACGAACAAACACUGUGAAUGGGGUGGCGACGGAAGGCCGUAGGAGGCUAGGGCUGGGCGCGAAAGAGACUAUAAUAUGCGCUGCAUGAAAAAAGACGGUAGGUAAUUCUUUUGAGGAACUGGGUGCCAAGCAAGGACUUAUUGCGGGGCUUGAUGCACUCAACGCUGGCAGGUGAUGUUAGGAGACGGGCAGCGGUAGAGCGUAUGGGGCAGCGGAAACGUGUUUGGGGCAAGGAGAAGGCCAUUAACGAUCGAAUCAGCGGGCUUUACCGGUCCUGAUUGCAUUGCCAGGGAAGGGAACGUACGGGGCCGCACCGCAGACGUGCGGGCAUGUGCUUGCCGCGUUGAUUGCCCCCGCACUUCACGUCAUCACUAUCCCCUUUGGCCCGUACACACUGCUGUACGUUCCUACUCGCGGCCAGUUUUCUUAACACUGUACACGCACGCUUAACUGUACGGUUGAAUGCCGGUCCUGAGGCCCCCUGGAGUGUUGCAUGCAUGCGGUGGCGGUGGCGGUGGUGGGGUGGACACGGUGGACAACCGCACUGCUGAAUGUUCCGCUGCUGCCACCUCCUCGCUUGGGCAAUACCGGUAAGCAACUGGGCCGCCUAUCGUACAUGUGACUGAUCAUCGCGCAGCAAGGAUUUCAGGGAAUCUGUUAGUAUUUAUUAAGGUUUCAAUGCUGUACGGCCGGAGAAUGUGUACGGCAAAGUGGGUAGAUGGGCGGGUCCGAGGGUACCUUCCAGAAACAUUCAGC